AUGGCGAGCAGCAGUGGCUCGUUUCAGACUGCUGGAACAUGUGUAUUCGACCCCACACAAAGGAAGACCUUGCCAGCUGGGGGUCAAAGGAAACCAUCUUUAAUGAAGCUUUCUCAGUUUGUGAGGUCAAAACUUCCACCUUCAGAGAGGGGCAGUACACGAAAGGUGAUGCAAAAUCCAGGACAUUUUCUUUGGAAAGCAGACCAUGCACCCCAAGUACCAGCACUUCCUCCAAAACCAAACCUAGAGAAGUUUAUUGCAAAGUACAAACAGGAACAAAUAAACCCAGUAUCUGCCUUGCAUCAGUUUGCACAGAUGCACCAUGUACAACUUGAAUUGAAAGAAACUAGUGUUGCAGGUUAUACUAUAAGUUCAUAUUUUGCCUUUUGUGCUAUAGUAGAUGGUAUUUGCUACAAGACUGGACUAGGAAGAACCAAGAAGGAAUCUAAAUUUAAUGCAGCUAAACUGGCUCUUGAUGAGCUACUUAACUUGGAGCAUAGAGGGGCAGAAAAGUCAGAUCCUCCCUGUAUUCCUGCUGAGCUUCAGACUUCAGGAAACUCUGUUUGUGUUUCAAGAGUCUGUUUUGAAAAAGAACAGCUUAUGUAUCAAAAACUUUCACAAACAGUUGAAGAAGUAUUUAACAGCUUGACUACUAAACAUCCUGAGUUCCAAAGUUGUGGCAGUUCACUGGCUGCCUUCAUCAUUGAAAAAGAUGGACAGCACAAAGUUGUAGCUCUAGGAACAGGAGAAUAUAAUUACAGUCAGUGCUUUCAACCUUGUGGAAGAGUGUUGCAUGACAGCCAUGCCAUUGUUACAGCAAGACGUUCUCUGCUCAGAUAUUUUUAUAGACAACUUUUGCGGUUCUACAAUGGAAAUCCAGCGAGGACGGAGAGUUCAAUAUUUUGUGCAGCACAAGGCUCAAAGCUGCUUACCCUAAAGCCAAAUACAACUAUAUUCCUCUACAUGAAUCAGCUCCCAAAAGGAACUGCUCAGUUAAAAUCACAGAUACAUCUUAACCCACAGUCUAUAUCAGCUUAUGAAACUAGUGAAGAACUGAGUCUCCAUGUUGCUAUAGAAGGCAAGAUUUACCUAAGUGUUUGUUGUCCACGUGAAACUGUUCAAGCAAGCAGCAUGUCACCUAGUGACAAAUUAACAAAAUGGGAAGUGAUUGGUAUUCAGGGAGCCUUGCUGAGUCACUUCAUUGAACCAGUGUAUAUCAACAGUAUUCUUGUAGGAAAUGGAAAUUGCAAGGAUACCAGAGGGCUAGAAAUAGCUAUAAAACAGCGUGUAGAUGAUGUGCUUUCAUCAAAGCUUCCCAUGCCUUAUGUGGUCAACAGGUCUCAUAUUUACUUGGUGAGCGCUGCACAACCAGUUGUAACAGACUUGAAGCAGAGUUCUCUCAGUUUGAAUUGGUCAUUAUCAGAUGCAUCACUGGAGGUUGUGGAUGGGUUAAGUGGAAAAACGAUUGAAAGCUCACCAUUCAAAAGUGGCACUUCCAUGGCAAGUCGCCUUUGCAAGGGGGCAAUGUUUAGUCGUUUCAGAUUGCUUGCCAAAGAAGCAGAACGGAAUGAUUUGCUUCAAGUUGCGACAUACCAUGAAGCUAAGAUGCAAUCUGAAAUAUACCAAGAAGCUAAAAACUUCCUGCAAAGCUACUUAGAGCAGCAUAGUUAUGGAUCCUGGAUUGUGAAGCUGCCACACAUCGAACAGUUCAGUGACUGA